AUGCUCUUACCACCGCCGCCGUUUUUGUGUGUUCCCCCUCCUCCUCGAUCACCGAUCUUGAUCAUGAAAAAUUUUGACAUUGGUAGGGCUAUUCUCUACGAACGCGAAUCCCACAGACAGCUGAGGCCGCCACAGUACGCCUCGAUUCUGUCACACUCCAGGGCACACAAAUGUCCGUUCAAGUGUAAAUUUGAUUUUUCAAAACUUCUCUGGGGACGGCUCAGCUCGGCUGUUCAGGGAUCGGCUCAGGCACAAGUGGUGAUAGGUGUUCAUCAGAAGUAUUAUGGCACCUGUAAUCGCUUGCGAACGAAAUUCAGAACUUUGGGAGAGGAAGAUUUCAAGGUUGGGAGGGAUGGAGGUGUUGGGGGUGUUGAAUUGGACCGGGAAGGAGUGAGGGAUGUCGUGUUUGGACGGGACAAUGUGGGAGCGGACAAUGUGGGUGGAGAAUGGUGCGGAAAUUGUGUACCAUGGCGAAUUCAUGCCAGGAUGGGUUAUCCGUUGACGGGUCUAAAAGCAGGUCGAAAUCUCAUUGGAUUCCCCAUCAUUCAACACCCAUUUUCCAUCAGCUGUGCCGUUGACAGCUUUUGUUGUAUCAAGCUCACAGAGGGUGCGCCGUUUGAAGAAACUAGUCAGCGCAAGUUUCUUCGCUCACUUACAGACAUCAACCAUGUACACAUAAAGAGUCGUCAUUCCCUCACUAACGAGGGGUUUACAGAUCUCAACGAUGCAUGCACAAAGGUCAGCACCCUUUGCUUCUCCUUUCCACGGCGUCUACGAUGUUUCGCUAGCGAAUUGCUAGAUGCUCGACAUGGAAUCAUGGCACCAAGUUUGACGGGCCGAGCGCUUAUCCUUGAAAUUACUUACGAGGUGACAGAACUCAGCCGUUACGGCUGA